ACAAGCUCUCCCCCAGCACCCCACCAAAAGCCAGCGCAGGGGCUUGUUCUCACACACUCUUUCAUACCCACCAUCUACCACAGAAGUCGUCUUCGGACGCAAACGCACACAGCAUGGCGGGGGCAAACAGACAGGGUAAAAUGCAAAACCUCCUCAAUUAUCGGAUGAAGGUCACUCUACUAGAUGGACGACAAAUGGCGGGACAAAUGCUUGCCUUUGAUAAGCACAUGAAUCUGGUCCUUGCCGACACCGAAGAAUUCCGUCGUACUCGAAGGAGGCAAAAGGCGGCUCCUGGAAGUAGUGCUCCCACCGUUGAAACCGAAGAACGGCGUUCGAUCGGCUUGACAAUCAUCCGCGGUGCCCAUGUCGUGUCUCUUGCCGUCGAUGGACCUCCCCCAGCAGAUCCCGCUUCUCGAUUGGGCGCAAGCACAUCGGGUGGAGCUACAGCUGCUACCUUGGUGGCAGGAUCAGGUGUUGCUCGACCUGCAGGUCGCGGCUUGCCUGUCGGACUAACAGGACCACCUACAGGUGUUGGUGGACCCGGACCAAGCUUUCCAGGAGCCUUUCCACCUGGCCCGGCUGGCUUUGGCCCUCCAGGAGGAUUGGGUGGACCGCCGGGUUUUGCACCAGGACGCGGAGGACCACCAGGAGGACCACCUGGUUUCCCUCCAGGAGGCCCCCCAGCGGGCUUUGGUGGACCAGGUGGACCACCACCUUUCGGAGGACCUCCUGGACAAGGGCGCGGUAACUUUCCGCCUGGAUUUGGUCGGUAGAUGGGGCACUUGUACGUGCAGAUUGCAUCUCAUUAUGUCAUCACAUCCAGUUACAUGAACUGGGCGAGCUUGGGUAUUGGAAGUUGAAUGGUCAAAUAAAAGGUGGCUCAGAAGGCCGAGAGCAGAAGACACUAGGUCGAAAUUCAAGAGAGGUCUGAAGGAAUUUGGUAGGGUUAUGGAGGCUUGCAAAUGCUUGGACGAAUCAAUGAUACCAGUACAACCCUGCUGCAGUUCCACUCUUACUUUCGUUUGUUGCCCGAACAUUGCACU